CUCCCGCCGCUUCCGGCGCGGCUCCUCCGGGCGGGCGGAGGCCGAGGCAUGGACCGCAACCCUUCGCCGCCGCCGCCGCGUCGCGACGAGGACGCGGACGAGGACGUGGCCGGGGGGGACUGCAUAGGGAGCACCGUCUACAGCAGGCACUGGCUCUUCGGCGUCCUCAGCGGGCUCAUCCAGAUUGUUAGCCCUGAAAACACAAAAUCCAGCUCAGAUGAUGAGGAGCAGCAGAUGGAGCUCGAUGAAGAAAUGGAGAAUGAAAUUUGCAGAGUAUGGGAUAUGUCCAUGGAUGAGGAUGUGGCUUUAUUUCUCCAAGAAUUUAAUGCGCCUGACAUAUUUAUGGGAGUAUUGGCCAAAUCCAAAUGUCCUCGAUUAAGAGAAAUCUGCGUGGGAAUUUUAGGUAAUAUGGCCUGUUUCCAGGAGAUAUGUGUGUCCAUCAGCAAUGAUAAUAAUCUUGGACAGGUAUUAUUGCACUGUUUGUAUGAUUCAGACCCUCCCACUCUUCUGGAAACAAGCCGGUUGUUGCUUACUUGUCUUUCUCAAACAGAAGUGGCCAGUGUCUGGGUUGAAAGAAUCCGGGAAUAUCCAGCUAUUUAUGAUAGCAUUUGUUUCAUUAUGUCAAGUUCAACAAAUGUUGACUUACUGGUCAAGGUAGGGGAAGUUGUGGACAAGCUUUUUGAUUUGGAUGAGAAGCUAAUGUUAGAAUGGAUUAGAAAUGGGGCUGUUCAGCCUCAGGACCCACCCCAGGAAGACUCAGAAGAGCAGCCGGUGUUUAGGAUUGUGCCCUGUGUACUUGAAGCUGCCAAACAAGUACGUUCUGAAAAUCCAGAAGGGCUCGAUGUUUACAUGCAUAUCUUACAGCUGCUUACCACAGUGGAUGAUGGAAUUCAAGCAAUUGUACAGUGUCCUGAUACUGGAAAAGACACUUGGAAUUUACUUUUUGACCUGGUCUGCCAUGAAUUUUGCCAGUCUGAUGAUCCACCCAUCAUACUUCAAGAACAGAAAACAGUGCUAGCCUCUGUUUAUUCAGUGUUGUCUUCCAUCUAUGCAUCACAGGCUCAACAGGAGUAUCUAAAGAUAGAAGAAGAUCUUCCUCUAAUUGACAGCCUGAUUCGUGUCUUACAAAACAUGGAACAUUGUCAGAAGAAACCAGAGAACUCGGCCGACUCUAACACGGAAGAAACGAAAAAGUCUGACUUGACCCAAGAUGAUUUCCACUUGAAAAUCUUAAAGGAUAUUUCGUGUGAAUUUCUUUCUAAUAUUUUUCAGGUUUUAACAAAGGAGACUGUGGCUCGGGGACUAAAGGAAGGCCAGUUAAGCAAACAGAAAUGUUCCUGUGCAUUUCAAAAUCUUCUUCCUUUUUAUAGUCCAGUGAUAGAAGAUUUUCUCAAAAUUCUACAUGAAGUUGAUAAGACUCUUGCUGAUGACCUGGAAGAAAGCUUCCCAAAUUUGAAGGUUCAGACUUAAAACCUGAAUUGAAGUUUCUUCUGCCCAAUAAAUGAACUUUGUUUCUUCACUGGCAGUUGAAAUUGACCAAUACCUAAAGCUUAUUGGACCCUGAUUGUAUGAUAUUAUACCCAUGCCCUUCUCCCUGUCUUAUCUCACUUUCAUUCGGCUUUGGAACCUGGAGUUUUGCCUGCUGUCAAAUUCAACCCCCUCCACACACAAUUUUUUUCAUAUAGUUUUGUGUUAUUUGUCCUCUUUAGGUAAAGAAAACAGAAAUACAAGGUUAUCAUUGAUGUUCUUUUUUAGAUUGAGGCGUUGGUAAGGAUUUUCUUCAUACCUCUUAAUUUGAUUUUUACAUGAGAAUUUUGUAUUUGUCUCCACUGCAAGUACAUUCAGCUGUGCUAACAGAAAACCCUACUCUAAGAGCCUAAUCUGAUAGCUUUUAUGUAUCUAAUGCAAUAAGAAAUCCAGAGGUGGGCAGUCUAGCCCUGAUUUGUUGACUCAGGGAUCCUGAUUCCUUUUACUUCUCCAUGUGGUCUGCAUGUAGACUUUUGUGUUCAUAUUUACUGUCUUGUGGUUAAGGGGGCUGUAACAUCUCUGGACCUUCCAUCCACAUUCAGGGAGGAAAAAGGAGAAAGAGGCAAAGGGGCCUUGUCCUAGCAAGUCUUUACCUUCAUAUUUGUAAAAGACAGCCCUCCUCACCCAGAACCAUGUUGAUGGCCAUCCCUAAUUGCAGCUAUUUGAAAUCAACCCCCCCCCCUUUUUUUUUCUUCUAGGGUCAAUAGGUGAGAAAGGCACGAAGAGAAGGGAGUUAUAAAAGGCUUUUUGAUAGGCAAUCUGUGAUAUAUGCAAACACAUCUUAUCUUAGCCUUUUGUGAUUAUUGUGUCGAUCAGAUGCCAGAUUGUUAGUAAUAACUCAGAAAUAGUUUUUAGUUUAGCUUUGUUACAGUUCAAUUUUUUUCAAUGUUGUAAAUACGAAGAUAGAAAUAUAACAUUUUCAUGAAGGCACAUUAGCAGAAUUCUCUAUUUUCAGCAUAAUUCCAGUGGUUGAAUUUCAGGAAAUGAUUUGCUUGAGGGAAUUCAGAUUUUUUUAAAAUUAAGAUUGAGGGAGUUUAAGAGCUUCUGAUUCUGUACCAACUGUGCUAUACACGAUUUCCCUCACAUAGUUUUAUUAUUUAUGGUGCUUCUGAAUGAAGUCUAUUCAGAGAUUCAACCAGGUAUUCUUUAGGGAAGCAUUCAGUUUGCAUUAUUCAGUUACUGAAAGAGUUUUUAAUAGGUGUAAGAAAACAUCAGUUAUGAAUAACAAACCCAGCUUUUUACCAGUCUUCAGGUCAUUUUCUGGGUUAUUUAUGCUGAUGUGACUACUAUAAUUUUGUGGGAUGAGUUGAGCUUAGGAUCCUCACUCUAUCUUCCCAGCCUCCUCCUUUGCUUACAAAAAGCAAAGCCAGGUUUUAAAACCCCUCUUCUGGUAUAGCCUGUUCGCAGUUUAUUGUAGAAUCUUUAUGGCCUUAAAGUAUUGGUCUUGUCUCACAUUUUGUAUUUUUUCCUUAAGUGAAUUUUGCUGAUAAAACACAGGAUGUAGCAUUAUUGAGAGGAGGUGUACAAUUUCUAGUUUGGAGAUAGUUUUAUUAUUGAAAAUGUCCCUACUGAAAAGAACUGAACUAUAAAAUUAAAAUCUUACUUUUAGCUCUAACUGGUAGAUUUACUCUGUAUGUUCUUAAUGUCUUCCAUGCUGACCUUAUUCUAGGCUGAAUGAGACCAUAUUUCAUGUGAGGUCUCAAAGGCACUGAUGAAAUCACUCCUGCCUGUGUAAGUGAACUAAUGUGAGUUUGCUCCUUGGUGAGAGACUACACCAGGUGGAGCUGUCACACAAAGUAAUUUUCUUUGCAGCAAAUGAGGAAACCAUGGGGAAUCGUUUCCAAAGCUGUGAUCCCCAAGCAGGGGUGAGGGAAGUUGUUUUUUUAGCAUUUGAGAUGAAUAUUCAGAAGGAGACCUUUAUCAUUGCAAGUAGAGGCGGGUAUAAGGUCACACAUGCAUUCUUAGAAAAUAUGCCUAUAUAUGUAUCGUGUGUUAUGUUAUAAAGUUUGUGCUCCUUCUUGAGCAAAGAUCUUAACAUUAUGAUAAGGCAGAGGUAACUGUUGGACACUUUAAUGGCCAUCCACACAAGCAUUGGCUUGGUGGUUGAACCCAAACUGGUCAAGGUUGUCUGGAGCUCAGUUCUCCUCCUGUUGUUAGUUUCUAAGAGAUAAACUUAAUAAAUAGUUCCUGUAGGGUGAGCUCAGUGGAUCUGCCAGUAACACCUGCUAGCCAGUCCUAAGAAUUCCAUUUUAUCUCUUGAAAUUUAGGAUGAAGGAUACAAAUAACCCUGGAGUAAUACUCCCAGGUUAUUAGCCGUGUUUACUUCAGUGUACAUAUGCACUUCACAUUUUGUUUUAGAAAGAGCAUAUUUUAAAAGGGAAGCACAAGGCCCCUGGGUGUCUGAUGGAAAGAGUGCCACGAAGUGAGUAGUUUGCUGAGGUAGAACAAGGAUAUACUUGGGAAGGCUAGGGAUGUUCAGGUUUUUCCUGUUUCCCAUUUCUGCCUGGAACAUGCUCUGUUACUUUUACUGAUUGCUAUUGUAACAUUAUGAGGUACUGUAUAUUUUGGUAUGUUUGAAAACUUCCUAAAUUUAUAAAUUACAAGUUUUUUAAAGAAACAAAACAUGAGCAAUGUUUGAUCUUUUUUAAUGCUAUAUAGUGUGAUGAAUUCACCCCCCAAAUUUAGGGCUUGCAUUAAUGAUGGUGAUAUUUUGAAAUGCUGCUUUUUCCAGAAGCCUAAAUAUGAAACUUGGAAUUAUAUGUAUAAAUGAAAUUGAAACUUUUCCUAUACUUUAUUGCAGAGGAGGGGGAGAAUGUACAAAAUGAACUUGGGUUAACAUUUAUUAAAUGUGUUGUUUUAUUUCUAAUCAAA